AAUACCGCCUGUCCCGGCCUCGCUCCGUCUUCGCACCGGCAGCAGCAGCAGCUCCGCCUGGAAGGUCAAACACACGAUGGCAGCUCCGAAGAAAAUCUGUGUGAUCGGUUCUGGAAACUGGGGCUCUGCCAUCGCCAAGAUCGUGGGUGCCAACGCAGCCAAGUAUGACAAGUUUGACACCACAGUGAACAUGUGGGUGUUCGAGGAGACGGUGAACGGCCGCAAGCUCACAGAAAUCAUUAACACAGACCAUGAGAAUGUGAAAUAUCUGCCCGGUCACAAGCUGCCCCCCAAUGUGCUGGCUGUUGCAGACUUGGCCACGUCUGUGAAAGGAGCCGACAUCCUCAUCUUCGUGGUGCCUCACCAGUUCAUUGUGAGAGUGUGCGACACCAUCAAAGACCACAUAAAGAAGGAUGCUGUAGGAAUGUCUCUCAUCAAGGGGGUUGAUGCGGGUCCAGAGGGUCUGAAGCUGAUCUCAGAGGUCAUCAGAGGGAAACUGGGCAUCACCAUGACGGUCCUCAUGGGUGCAAACAUUGCCAAUGAGGUCGCUGACGAGAAGUUCUGCGAAACAACCAUUGGAUGCAAAGACAAAGCGCUGGGGCCGCUGCUGAAGGAGCUGAUGCAGACCACCAACUUCCGUGUGACUGUGGUGGAGGAGUCUGAUGUUGUGGAGAUCUGCGGAGCGCUCAAGAACAUUGUGGCGGUCGGAGCAGGCUUCUGUGAUGGCUUGGGAUUCGGUGACAACACCAAGGCGGCAGUGAUUCGUCUCGGCCUGAUGGAGAUGAUUGCCUUCGCCAGGGUCUUCUGCACGGACUGCGCUGUCUCCCCCGCCACCUUCCUGGAGAGCUGCGGCAUCGCUGACCUCAUCACCACCUGCUACGGCGGACGCAACCGCAAGAUUGGGGAAGCAUUCGCCAAAACAGGAAAAACCAUCGAGCAGUUAGAAAAUGAGCUGCUGAACGGUCAGAAGCUUCAGGGUCCAGCCACGGCAACCGAGGUCCACCAAGUCCUCAAACAGAAAAAUAUGGUGGAAAAGUUCCCUCUUUUCACUGCUGUUUAUCAGAUCUGCUUCAACAGCCACCCAGUCACAGAGUUCAUCAAGUGUUUGCAAAACCACCCAGAGCACAUGUGAAGGACUGACAUGAGGACUGGUGAAUGGAUGGAAGUUGUGAAAGACUUUCACACUAGAACUACUGUAUAACUAAGGAGUUUAUGGGGGGGACAGGCUGGUUCUAAUCUCAACUCCUCUCUUGUUUGAGUCUCAAACAUUGGAGGGAAGAAAAAAAAAAUGGAGUCGCCCUUCACCUACCUGAGCUCCUGUGUUGACCUGCUGUUAUUAAAUUAGAAACAGAGACAUAGAAACUGUUUCUGGUUCUGUUUCUACUGAUUAUUAAAUCUUCCAAGUCUUAAAAGUUUUAAAAAAUUUGAAUGACUCUGUCGUACAAAAUACAUAAAAACGCAAACCAUAACUUGAAUGUUAUGAAAUGAUUUCUUGGGUAAAAGUGCUUUAACUUGACUCGCUGAACAAACAGUUGCCACUCCCACCAAAUGUUUUUCAUUUGAAUUUCUUGUAACCAUUUACUGUACAAGAUUUAUUCUGGAAUAAAUUAUUGAACUAGUUUUA